CUCUCCAUAACCAAGAGCGGAACUAACGGGCUCAAUUCCGCGCACCCGGAAGCUGAUCUCAUGUACGCACCCUGAUCAAUGUCCAUUUGCACACAUCAAAAGCUGCUCGGCUUCGGACUGUCUUGAGUGGCUACUCAAGAUCAGUAGAAUGGCUGGUUCGUGGGUUGAAUCUGGCAAGAAGAGCGACUUCUCCAUCAGUAACAUCCCGUUCGGCAUCAUCAGCAACGAUAAGAACCACCUACAUCGUCCUGCAAUAGCCAUUGGGGAUCAUGUACUCGACUUGCAAGGCUUUGCCGCGGCUGGUGGCUUCGCAGAACUCAAACCAUCAGAUGCGCUGCUGAGUAGCCUGAAUCAGGUGACACUGAACGACUUUGCCACGCUUGGGCGACCUGUACACCGUACGGUCCGCAAAUACAUCCAAGAGGUGCUUGCGGAAGAUACAAAUAUGCCCAACGUGCUUAGAGACAGCUCGGUAUUGCGUGAGAAAGUCCUGUUCCCGCUGUCGUCUGUCAAAAAUCAUUUGCCAAUGGCUAUUGGAGACUACACAGACUUCUUUGCAGGUCGCCACCACGCCUUCACGGUCGGCUCGCUCUUUCGCGGUCCUGACAAUGCCCUGCAACCAAAUUACCAUCAUUUACCUGUUGGAUAUCAUGGGCGGGCCUCUUCGGUUGUCGUGUCAGGAACAGCACUCCAUCGUCCACGAGGGCAGAUCCUGGCAGACCCCACUGCCAAACCGCAAAGGCCUACAUUUGAGGCUUCCAAGCGUCUAGACAUCGAGCUUGAACUGGCAUGCUUCGUUGGAAAGGGCAACGCCAUGGGUAAACCUGUGUCCGUUAAAGAAGCCAGCGAGCAUAUCUUUGGCUACGUUCUCAUGAACGACUGGUCCGCUCGGGAUAUACAAACGUGGGAAUACGUUCCACUAGGCCCGUUCAAUGCUAAAAACUUUGGCACAACCAUCAGCCCUUGGAUUGUGCUCGCUGAUGCGCUCAAUCCGUACAUGACUACUGGCAUCGCAAACGAAACUCCGUUACUGGAGUAUCUACAGGAGGAUCCAGGGAGGACAGGCUUCGAGCUAUCACUCGAGGUUGACCUUGCUCCAUUGUCUGGACCCACAACCACUAUCAGCCGUACGAGCGGCCGCAAUCUCAUGUGGUCUUUCGCACAGAUGAUUGCGCACCACACGGUUGGAGGAUGUCCUUUGCGAGCCGGUGAUCUUCUCGGCUCCGGCACGAUCAGUGGGCUGAAUGACGAUGAUAGAGGUUCCCUGCUUGAGAUGAGCAAGGGCGGCAAAACUCCGUUCAAGCUUUCCGAUGGCAGCGAGCGCGUGUUUCUGAAGGACAAUGACAGCAUCAAUAUUAGAGGGUGGGCAGGGGGCGAGGGGGCUUCGCGAGUCGGCUUUGGCCAUUGUAGCGGUACCAUUCUUCCAGCAAUCUCGUGAUGUUACUUGCCGGGGCCGGAGGAAUACACUGGGCCCUGCAUCGACGCAUCAGUCUGGAUGUGGGCAUGCCGCAUCCGCCUUCGUGCAUGAG